AUGGAACUAAAGAUGAAAGAAAAACACUAUGAAUUUGAAUUAUCUUACCCGAAUCAGCAGUAUUUUAAGUAUAUUCUCUGUUAUAGUGCUGGAGAUCCACUUGCAGUUCCAUUCUCAAGAGUGUACCAGAAAGGAAGAGUUAAAAGUUAUAAAAAAAAAGAACAACGACCCAACGGAACUUUAACACAUUUCGGGGAUCGUCCCAUUCAAUUUUCAUUUGAUAUGGGAAACAGGUCGUCUUCACAUGUUUCUCAAUAUUCGACAGACUUUCCCCCCUACUAUAUUCGAGCACCACCACCAUCUGGUGGGUAUACACCACAUAUUAAUAGACCAUCAUUUGCGCCACCACCAUUUCAUCAAUCGAUGACUUCGUUGCAUCACCCGCAUGGAACCGAUUCAGGUUAUAUGACAAGUCCAACUGAAACUGAACGAUUAAAAGAUUCGAAACUUCCGAAAUCAUAUCUUUAUAAUAAAGAAAGUACAUUUCUAAAAGGGGCAAAGGUCAAGGCUUGGAAGAAAGGACAAUCGAGAUUAUCACUAAAUGAAACGCUAAUAUUUGAUGGACAUCCACAACCGCCACUACCAUUACCACCACCAACAUUUCCACCGCAUCUUAAUGCUCAAUUAUUUCCAAUGCCUGCGCCAAGUCAAAAACAGCUUAAAAAAUGGCAUAAAAAACAAAAAAAACUUCUUAAAAAGAUGGGUUCCAUGCCACCACCGAUAAUUCCACCACAUUUUCCACAUAUUACUACUAUUUCGCCAUAUUCAAGAGCAUUUUCGAUGGACAACUUAGCGAGAGAGUUUAAAGGACGUGAAUCAUUAUUUUAA